GACGAAUAAUCUCACAUUAGAUAUUCUGAAUAACAACGACUGGCAUUAAUAAUCGUAGAUGAAGUGUUAUUGACAAACGUGUAAUUGGUAAAAAUUCAAGUACCAUGGUUAAAAUAAUUUUAUGGGCUGUUUUGGUCACAGCUUUUUUGCUAGUUCACGAUUCUGUAUUUUGCUCUACACUACUGAAUGUAAAUGUAAUCGAUAUUCAUAGAAGCAAGAGAUCACUACUUUCAGACUCAAAAAACAAUUUCACAGGCUUCUUAUCAACAGCACAGCAAAACUCAGCCGAUGUUUGUUUGCCAAAGAUCUCUUGCAAUGCUUCUGAAAAGUACAGAAGUUACGAUGGUUCGUGCAAUAAUUUAGAAAAGCCAGCUUGGGGUACACCAAACACUCCAGUAGUUCGAUUACUUCCACCUUCAUACGCAGAUGGUAAAGGUCAAAUGAGACUUAGUCAAGAUGGAAAACCAUUACCGAAUCCCAGAGUUGUUCGAACAACUUUACUUCCAGAUGGUGAUGUCCCAGAUGCAGAAUCAACACUUGCUGUCGUGGGUUGGGGGCAAAUGGUCGCACACGAUAUCACAAUGCGAGCGACACUGCAAGCACCCGCAGCGAGUUGUUGUAAUGAAGAUGGAAGUUUGAAUCCACAUCCUGCUUGUUUGCCCAUUGCCAUCCCGUCAAAUGAUACUUUUUACUCAAAAUUUAAACAACUGUGUGUUGACAUGAAACGAGUCAGUACUACAAGCAACAUGGGGUGUAAUAUAUCUGUACCUCAACAGAUUGCAGCAGUUACUCAUUACUUGGAUGGAUCAUUCAUCUAUGGUUUGGAUAAAGAGAAGUCGAAUUCGCUUCGAUCAUUCCGCGAUGGUUUAUUAAAAACUCAAACGAACGAAAAUAACAAGACUUUCUUGAUAAAUGUACAGAACUCGACGGGAGUUUGCGACCUUCCCAAGCCCUCUGAUGUAUGUUAUUUAGCUGGUGACGCAGCGAGAGUUAAUCUGAAUACGGAAAUCGCAGCAUCGCAAAUUAUGUUUUUGAGAUUACAUAAUAAAUUAGCUACCGAUUUGCAUCGUUUACAUGCUAACUGGUCGGAUGAGAUUAUUUUCCAAGAAGCUAGAAGAAUCGUUAUCGCCAUUGUGCAGCAUAUAACCUAUAACGAAUAUUUACCUGUAUUGCUGGGUUCUACGUAUGUUGAGAAAAAUAACUUGGCUCCUCAGAAAUCAGGAUAUGCCAAAGGGUAUAAUUCAAGCAUCAAUCCAUCCUCAAUCAGUGAAUUUGUGGCAGCUGCGUUUCGAUCACUUCAUAGUACAAUUGUAGGAAAUAUCAGUAUGAUGAGAGAAAAUAGAACAGUUUCCAGUACAGUACAGUUGGCUGAUCAUGCGGAUAGAGCCGGUAUAAUUCUUCAAACUAAAGAUAAUUUUGAUUAUUUCUUGAGAGGUUUAAUUUCACAGCCCCAAAAUGAUCAAGAUAAAUUUUGUACUGCGGAGAUUACAAAUUCAAUAUUCCAUCUUAAAAACAAAGAUUCUACUAAACGCAAUGGAAUUGAUUUGGUCAGUAUUGAUAUACACAGAGGAAGAGAGUAUGGAGUCCCUCCUUACAGUACCAUGAGACGUGUCUGUGGUUUACCUUCUGUGAAUAAAUUUGAAGAUUUGAAAGAUGUCAUGGAAGCUGAUAAAAUUUCGCAACUCGCUCAAGUCUAUUCCAGUGUCCACGACAUAGACUACUUCGUUGGCGGAUUACUUGAGAAAAAAUUACCUGGAACGCUGACCAGUCCAUCAUUUCAUUGCGUUAUUGCCGAAGCAUUUUACAGGUAUAAAUUUGCUGACCGAUUUUUCUACGAAUUCGACGGACAUCCGGGUGCUUUCACUUCAGCGCAAUUGGACAGUGUUCGAAAAUUUACCUACUCAAUGCUUGUUUGCUUGACCAGCGAUAAUUUACAAUCCGCUCAACCUUCUGGUUUUCAUAAAAUCGAUUCCAAGUCAAAUCCGUUAAAACCUUGUUCAGAAAUAAUCAAGGAAUUCAAACUUGAUGCGUGGGCUUAAUGUGAAGCUCAGCCUUGCCCAUAAAAUUAUGAACCAGAAUUUUUAAGCGAUGUACCUACUCGUAGUUAUAAAACAAUAUCCAGAUACUUAAAACGUGAUGUGAACCUGAUACUCGAUUCUAUUUCAAAUAAAUUUAUCACAAAAAAACACCUUGU